ACACACUACUUCUGGUUUAUCACAUCAGACUAGCAGCGACGCGCCACAAAGAAAGAAUCUGUUGCUCGAUAUUUUAUCAGUGACUGUUUCCAGAAACGCACAUAUUUCAUCACUGGAACUUACAGAAACACAAAAUAAGUUAUUUUUGUAUUUACUGCUUUCUGUUUUUGAGGGCAUUUCGAAAAGAAAGUGUAGUUAGCUACUUCUCAAGUUAGCUCACUGUUAUCCUGUGACGUUGUUGGUUAAAACAACUUCGCCGCAGCUGAUUUUCGCCGCCUGUUUUAUGUUUUCACCACUCCAAAGAAAUGUUGGACGGAACUCCUGCGAACGGUGACGAAGCCAAUAUCGGCAACGUUGAAAACAACAACCCGAUACCGAGCUGUAAGGCGAAGCAAGCGCUGCUGAAGAAGGGAAGCAGGAAGCCGCUGCUGCAUCACCAGAAACCCCCGAGACACUGCCCGAACAUCCGGCUGUCCGACCUCAACAACGCCGCCUCCACCGCCAUCCUGACGGCCUCAUCGGGGCACAGACACUCGGCCCAGUCCGCGGCUGGGAACCAGACGGUGCUGACCCUCCAUCAUGUCAAACAAGGAGCUAAAAAAGAGGUGCUGAAGCCUAAAGGUGUCCAGGCGCCCCGUCUCCUCCCCCGACUCGAUCAGCUCGCCCACAAUGUGAACACCAGGAGCCACAAACCCAAACAGAGCCAGUCGCCCGCCGCUUCCCCCGCCGCUAAAAAGAACGACAGCCGCUCUCCCAAGAAGCCUUCGUCUUCCGUCGAACCCAAGAAACCCCUGAACGCCUCAAACAACGUCACCAUCCCAACCGGCCCCACUGCCGAAGCCGAAUACCUCAAAGAUUUUGAAAAGAUUUACGCCGGGGCGAAGUUCAGCGAGCCGCCGUCGCCCAGCGUGUUGCCCAAGCCGCCCAGCCACUGGGUCGGAGAGGACGGGCCGCAGCAGAACAGCCAGAGCCGCGAGCAGAUGAGCGUUCACCUCAAGUCUCUGCUGAAGGUUCAGGACUGACGCGCCGCAAACGAGGCGGCUCCCGUUGAAGAGAUGAACCCGGUUUGGCCUUCAGCACUGCAGUAAGAUGUGGAGAGUUUCUCUCUGGUCCAGUUUUCCAUUGUGACGCUCUGCCUGCGUGUGUGAACACCUCAGCUGCGUUGUGUUGCUGUUUGCUCUUCCUGACAUGCUGUGUAUGUCAGAUUUGCACAUGGAAAUGAGAGCUGUGUGUUUUUGUUACUGAAUCUGUAAAGAAAGUGUUUUUUUUUGUUGUUUUUUUAGCAGCAGCAGCAGCAACACAGCCACUGUUUCAUGUUUACAUUAUGCAAAGUGACGGCACUUUGUUCCCACCUUGAAAAGGCAGCCAUGUUUUACUUUUUAUGAGCUUAUGUAAAAUGUACAUAAUAUAUUGUAAACAUAUGAUUGUGUAUAUUUCCUGUUUUAACUGAGAUUCUAGUUUUAUUGCUGAGGACUUUCUGAAAAACAAACAAACAAAAAAAAAAAAACUUGUCCCCUGCGAACUGAAGCACUUUGUUCCAGCUCCUUCAGUGAGAGAUGGAAAGACUUUUCUGACGGAUUUGCACUGAAAACGAUGAAGAGGAAGAGGAGAAAAGCUAACUUUGACGACCCAAAGCUCGACCGGACACUCCGACGUACUCACCAGCCCACUUCCACCUCCUGACUGGUUGCUGCGGAAACGAGAGUCGACAAAAAGCCAUAGCCAACAUCCGAGCCGCCGGCCGACGUUUCUUCUUCUUCUCCUCUUUGUGAACUGGGGUCCAAACGAUGAAGAGUCUAAUCAGGGACUAGCGUGACCUCUGACCUGAGGCCAUCAUGUAAAACGAUCUCGCUGCAGCCACACAAAGUGCUUGUUUAACGGGUUUUUCACUGAAUUCAGAAUGUGUUCGCAUGAAGCUCGGAUAGAUGAACGUUUUGGUUCCGUAAUGAAAGCCGUUUUUACGCCGCAUCAUUUUCUCCUGCUUUAAGUUCAGAAAAAUGAAGCAACAGAUUAUUACAUUUUCAAAUUUAUUCCAGAGUGAGCUGUAAAUAAGUUAAAUCCUUUUUUACACAUUUAACUUUAAAUUUAGUUUAUUUUACGGCAUUUUGUUUUAGAUUAUUAGGCAAAAUUGAACGUUAAAGUGUUGGUCACCACCAGAAUGACAAAAGCAGCUCUGCGGCUCAUAAUGUUUGGAAAUAUUGACGCACAUUUUAUGUGACCAGUCAGUGUUUUGGAUCACAGACAUCAUGACAUGCUCUAUCCAGCUUCAUGUUGGCAGUCUGACUCUGAGAGGGGAUUUAGUUUCACCUGUACUUCAUUUCACCACCUCCUCCUGUCCUGUUGUUCUCCAUUAUGAUGUGCUUUAAUUUUUACUGAGGACUUUUUGUUUUACACAGUCCGUCUUCAUACUGUGAGUAUUUUCUUUUUUGUUCUUUUUGUUCUGUGGUGGUUUUGACGGUGGACGCAGGCGGCUGCUGGUUCUGUGAUGUCAUCAGUCUGAUGGGAAAUUGUAUUAAUGUAGCAAACUUUACAUUUUAUUGCAGUGUUUCACAAUCAUUUCAUUCCAGGAAUAUUCUCAUUGGCACAAUUUGGAAAGAAAAAAAUGUUUAGAAAAAAUUAAAAAUGAAUUUUUAAAUUGGAAAUAAGAUUAAAAAUUGGCUACCCCUAUGAUGUGUUUGUGAUCAUUACAAGACCCGAGUCUGAAGGAAAUGAUUUUAAAACCUUUGAGUUUAAGUUUAAAACAGAGCAACAAAAUCAUCUCAAGUUUAUUAUUGGAGAUUUUUCUACAUUGUUACGGCAUCAUUCAUCAUGAAAUAUAAUCAUAGCUAACUGUUGGCAUGAUUAGUUUGGAUAUGAAUUGAUCAUAAACAAACUGAUGGAAUAAAACCUUCAGAUCCUU